AACCUGAAAAAACGAAGCACAUUUCGGUUUGGAUGCGAUUUUAAUUUUUGGAGGUUUUAAUUUACUGAAAUUCUAUUAAAAACGAACAAUCGAAUGACGACCACCAGAGGAGGACCUGCCAGUCAACUGGUGCACGUGUAUCAAAGAUUCCAAGAAUAUCAAGCACCUGGGGCUACAGUAUGCAUCAGCUUCCUCAGUCUCAUGGUGAUCAGAAAUACCAUUAUCCUUUUCUUCUCGUUCGCCUUCCUAUCUUCCCAAAAUCGUUGUUCAGUUGCACAAAAAUGGAUUAAAGCUGGUUACUGGUACGGUGGUAGUGACUUCCCAAUACCUGACAUAAAUUCUGCCUUGUUUACACACCUUCUUUGUGCAUUUGCCAAUGUCAACUCAUCCACCUAUGAGCUCUCCAUCCCAUCUGACUUUCAACAGAACUUCUCGAACUUCACCGGCAUCGUCAAGCGCAAGAACCCUUCAAUUGUAACGCUUCUGUCAAUAUGGAAUGGGCAAGCUGAGACAUACAAGUCCAUGUUAGGCGAGGCAGUUAACAGUUCUGUCUUGUCUUCAAUGCUGACGCAAUCCUCCUACAGGAAGUCUUUUAUUGAUUCUUCGGUAAAAACAGCUAGGACUCUUGGGUUUCAAGGAAUAGACUUGUUCUGGCUUUGGCCUAAUAGCACAGAUUUGUCAAAUAUAGGAACUCUGUUGGAUGAGUGGAGGGCUACUGUUGAUUCCGAGCCGAGAAACUCAAGCGUGUCGAAGUUAAUUCUAACAAUGGGUGUUCGCUACUCACCAAGUCUUCAAAGUGUAAGUUAUCCGAUCAAUUCAAUGAAGAGGAAUUUAGAUUGGGCACAUGUUGUAGCAUAUGACUAUCACAUGCCUUCAAGGGAGAACUUUACAGGCAACCAUGCUGCUUUAUAUAAUCCUUCAAGCAAUAUUUCUACCGAUUUUGGCAUUAGAGAAUGGUUAAGUGGGGGAUAUCCAGCAAACAAACUACUUUUGGGUAUGCCGUACCAUGGAUAUGCCUGGGAACUGGUGGAUCCUUCUGACAAUUCUCUUGGCGCACCAGCCUCAGGUCCUGGUGUUACCACUGAUGGUUCAAUAGGCUAUAGGUUCGUCAGAUCAUUCAUUCAAAACUACGGUUAUGGAGCUAGGUCAGUUUAUAAUUCUACUUAUGUAGUGAAUUAUUUCGUUUCUGGAUCAACUUGGAUCAAUUUUGAUGAUGUGGAGACAGUUAGAGCUAAGAUUUCUUACGCGAAGGAAAAGGGGCUACUUGGUUACAACGUGUUUCAAGUGAUCCAUGAUGACAAAUGGGCUCUUUCUCUGGCAGCACAAGAUGAGGUACACCAAGGAAAAAGGAGCUGGUUAUGGCUAAAAAUUGUGCUUCCAAUUGCUUUGAUCAGUAUCUUAUCAGCCUCAUUGAUGUUUUACUACAGAAGGAGACUUUUUAAGCGAGAAGCUACAGGAACCAGAGUCUUAGGUGAUAGAAGUUUCUCUGGUAGAGGAACUAGUUUAUCGGCCGCUGCAGAAAAUUUUGAUGGUGAUGCUCCUAUCCUGCAGGUGUUCAGUUUUGAAAGCAUUAAAACAGCUACAAAUAACUUUUCAAGAGAAAACCAGCUUGGAGAGGGUGGGUUUGGCCCUGUUUAUAAGGGUAAAUUACCAAGAGGCCUGGAAAUAGCAGUGAAGAGGCUGUCAGCAUCAUCAACUCAAGGACUUGAAGAGUUCAAGAACGAGGUUUCGCUUACGGCUAGACUUCAACAUGUAAAUCUAGUUAGGCUUCUGGGAUUUUGCUCCGAGAGGGGAGAGAAGAUGCUAAUAUACGAGUACAUGCCAAAUAAAAGCUUGGAUCUCUACCUCUUUGGUCUGCAAUCUUUUUCUGAUUAGUCAUUGCAGCUAAUAAGUACACAUUUUAUUGACCAGCA